AUGUCGCUCAAUCUCGAGACGGAGGAUAUGGGUCAGCAUACCACAAUGGACGACACACCAUCCGCCAGCGCAUUCUCUAACCCUGCCUGGUUCCUGCCCAUACCAGACAAUGACAUGACAGACGCGCACAUACCAGACUCGAGUGGUCCUCUAAAGCGCAGUGGGUGCGACGUGGAAGCCGCUACCAAACGUGUCAAGCGAGACAAACAGACUGUCGAGCUGGGUGCGACACCUGGAAUACGUGACACCCGAAACCCAGAGGACUCAGAGCUCUUGAAUUCCGUUCGAGGACUUCUAGACGAGGGACUCGGGCUCAGUCAAGCAGAGAAAGAACUUCUCGCGCACGACCUCGACAUGGGCAAGUUCGACGCUAAGGCCGAGCAGAAAGUGGCGGAGAUUGCUCAACAACAGCGCUCUGCAUUACGAGAAGUGCGGAGACGGGAGUCUGCGAGCUCUAGAGCAUAUCGCCGCCACUUGGCUGAGAAAGAGCUAGAGAAUGCCAAGCUGAAGCAAGAGCUCGCUGCGCUCGAACCACCUUUCUCUCGCGAUCAAAUGCGAAGAGCCACGGAAGCAAAGGAGGCGGCCGAAAAGUGUUUCGUACAGAUGCAGGGAGUAAUUGACAGACUGAAGCGACAAGUGCAAGAAGAGCGUGCUGCUAGACGCCGCGAUCACGAGGAAGCAUAUCGAGAGGUCAACAGAUACGAAGCGAGACUCGAUGCUCUAGCCUUGGUCGUCAAGGCCGUGAUCGAAGCGAGGAAGGCUUUCAGUAGAUUUGGCUUGGCAGAACCAUUGACAUGGAGGAAUCUAGUUGCUGAGUCGCAACUGCCACAGCCACUACACAACCAUGGACCUACCUUCGAUCGACACUGUCUUGCCUGUGUCUCGGGGUCGAUGCAACCGGGUCAUCAUGGCAAUGGGCAAACAUCGCAGCAGGAGAGUCCUGAGGAGGAUGUGAGAUCAGUAGAAGAGCCCUCGACCGUAAGGGAGCACCGGGCGACUUCCAUGGGCUUCCCAGAGAUCGAGUCGGUCGACACUAUCGACAGCUCAUCAUACGAGACGGACAGCAGCAGUAGCAGAGAAAGCAUGUUCGGGGCUCCCACUGUACUCGAGCGGCCACAGAUGGUAUCCACUGGAAUACCAAAGACUACCUCCCAAGAGCCCACUCGACGCUCUCCCGGUACGGAACCCAAGCCCCCGACUGUCCAAAAGAGGAAGAUCCUGCUUCGCACUCUUGACGACUACAUCAAGACCGAUGCGAGGCUCAUUCAACCACUCUCCACUGCGAAGCUUGGUCGUAUUGCUUCAAGAUCAGGCUUCCGCGAGAAGUUCCGUCUUGGCCGCGUCAUAAAGUUCAUGCGCGACAAUAAGCGGAUCGCGUUGUCGCAGGAUGAACUCAAGGAGCUGUAUGGACAGUGCACGCGAGAGGAGCGACUGCAUCUGACCCAUACAUCCGGCGCUGGCAGCUCAGCGGCCUCUAGCAGUGCCGCAGAAGAGUCUGAGAAGGAUGGAGGAGAGGCUGAGGUACUGAAGGAGAGCUUCGACCCGCCUUGUCACGACGAAAGUGGCCGGAGCACUGAGAACCAGCAUGGAUCUACAUCCACAGUCACCCAGGAGCGCGACAACACCCUUAUGGGAUGCACAGGUAGCGCCCCUAGACCCACGGAUCCCGUCACAGCACCACUUUUCGGCGCUUUUGGGUCAGCAAGGCAGGCCUCUAGCUUCGGUAAGCCAAGUGCCCCAUUGAGUGCCAGCACAGAGACAAACAAAGCGUCCACACCUUCGGACAAAGCCGCAGACGACAUACAAGAGGACAAAGGCGACGAGCCAGCCUUCACACCACCGACACAGCCUCGCGCAAUGCGUGGCACACAGCAGGGCUCACAGCAUGUUGGCAAGGGCAAGGGCAAGGGGCCAGCAGACCCUACCUAUCAUGAGAAGAUCGAAGAGACGAACCGGACACAUCGAGUCCCUCUUGCGCACAGAGAUCCCAACAUUGGCAAGGGGCCUGCCGCUGCAUCAUCCAAGCACCGCGGCUUAGACAUUAAGGGGGCCGCCGCGGCGGAGGCUGCUCCAGAAGCCGAGAGUGAUCCAUAUGCUGCGGAGCGAGAGCGCAACCGACACAAGCGCGAGACGCGCAAAGCUGCCCACAACAAGGGCCCGCAGCCAGGUCGUCGAGGAGACCGUCCAAACAACAGGAGAAGACGCUUAACGAUGGAGGGGAGAUGGGACAGCAGGCAUGACGAGCUCCAAAGAUCCGCGCCGCACCCUCGUCCUCGAUCAACAUACUGCGGUAACGAAAGACACGUCAGAGAUCUCUCGGCAAGGGCUGACGCCCGUGCGCCCCUUGCGCUGGUAAGGACUGACGUCCACAAAUACCGCACAUGGGGGAGGAACAACAGUCGUGUCUUUUCGGGCCAGAGGAAAUGCCGAGGCGAGGGGCGCAAUGACCGGGAGAGCGCUGGUUGA